UCAAACAGCAAAUCAUUCAUUUUGCUCCCGCCCAUGUAGCUAUGCAUUGUGGGGAAGGAAACUUACCCACGUGGGACAACGAGCAUGGCGACUACCGGCGGAAGGAAGCUGGAGGAUUUAAGUGUUGAUGAAUUUCUUGCCUCUGGCUUUGAUUCGGAUUGUGAUGAUUCAGAAGAUGCUGCACCUGUCAAGAAUGCUAAACAGAAAGAGAAAAAAACAGACCAAAUUUCUAAAAAAAAUAUGAAGAAAGGCAAGGCCACUAAACACAGGAUACAGCUCUCCAGACUGAAAGACAAAGACCCAGAGUUCUACAAGUUUUUAGAGGACAAUGAUCGAACAUUACUGAAUUUUGAUGAUACAGAUAGCUCAGAAGAUGAAGAUAGUCAGUUACACAAACUGCCAAGCUUUUUGGAGGAUGCAAGUGAUGAUGAAGAGGAGGAAGAAAAGUUAUCUAGAAAAACAACAAAAUCCAAAGAUUUUAUUAAGGUGACAGAAAAGAUGGUAGAUCAGUGGAAACAGAUGAUGAAGUGUGAACUAACUCCAAAGUUGUUCAGAAAGAUCACACAAGCGUUUAAGGCGGCAGUAGCCAUUACCAAAGGCGACAAUAGCAUGUUGGGCAAAUACAAGGUGGAAGACAGCAUGGUUUUUAAUGCCCUCGUUUCAUUAUGCGUACAAGAUCUUUUUGGUCCACUUGAUAAGAUGCUGAAGUUGAAGCCAAACAAGGAUACUAAAAAGCUUGUGCUCCCGUCAUCUAGUCCCCGAUGGCAAAGAUUACAAAUUGAUAUCAAAAUGUAUUUGCUGAGUCUUGUUCAGCUGUUGUCCUGUUUAACGGAAUCUUCUGUGAUAAGGGCAGUCUUAAGGCAUUCCAUCCAACUAGUCUCCUUUUUUUUGUGCCUUCCAAAACAGUGUAGGCUUUUUCUGAAGCAACUGAUUAUCCAUUGGAGUACAGGUGAUGAGACUGUCAGAGUUUUGUCAUUCCUUGCUCUGAAUAAAAUCUGUAGGAACAAGCAAGAUGUGUAUCUUAAUCCUGUACUGAAGCAAAUGUAUAUUGCCUAUGUCAGAAACUGUAAAUUUACAUCACCUAAUAUGCUUCCAAUGAUCAACUUCAUGCAGAGGACUUUAACAGAAAUGUAUGCUCUUGACACACAAGCAUCAUAUCAGCAUGGUUUUAUUUACAUCAGGCAAUUGGCUAUACACCUUCGAAAUGCAAUGACCAUGAAGAAGAAGGAAACAUAUCAGUCUGUGUACAACUGGCAAUACAUCCACUGCCUGUACCUCUGGUGUCGUGUUUUAAGUACAUUACAUCCAAGUGAGAUUCUGCAGCCCCUGAUCUAUCCAUUGUGUCAGGUGAUCACUGGGUGUAUCAAGUUGGUUCCUACAUCUAAAUACUAUCCGCUGAGACUACAUUGUGUCCGUGCUUUAAUUCUCUUGUCAGAUAGCACAAAGACAUUUGUCCCUAUAGUUCCCUUUCUUUUAGAGAUUUUUCAGCAGGUGGAUUUCAACAAGAAGCCUGGCAGAAUAAGUGUGAAGCCCAUCAAUUUUGCAGUAAUUUUAAAGCUCUCUAAUUCAAACUUGCAGGAAAAAACAUUCAGGGAUGGCCUUAUCGAGCAGUUGUAUGAUCUGAUUUUGGAAUAUUUUCAUACCCAAGCCUGCAGCAUUGGCUUCCCAGAGCUUGCACUACCUCUGAUUGUCCAGCUGAAAGCUUUCUUGAAGGAAUGCAAGGUGGGCAAUUACUGCAAACAGAUUCGGCAGUUGUUGGAUAAAAUGCAGGAAAACUCGGCCCACAUCACACGCCGAAGACAAAAAGUAACUUUCAGUGUUGCUGAUCGGGCAGCUGUGGACACCUGGGAGAAGGAGACUGAGGUGGAAGGCACACCUUUAACCAAGUAUUACAGUCACUGGAAGAAGCUGAGAGAAAAGGAAAUUCAAUUGGAGAUUUCUGGCAAGGAGCGGAUGGAAGACUUAAACUUGCCUGAAAUCAAACGUAAGAAGCUUACAGAAAGAAAAGAAGCAGACAAAAAAGAAUUUAAGGAUCUGUUUGAUUCAGAUAACAGCUCAGAAAAUGAAAAUGGUGUAAUUAGAGUUAAAGGUGAAAUGAAGAUGGCUAAGGACAGCAACUCCGAUGACGACAUGAUUAGUGAUGAUGAGUCUGGAGAGUAUGAGGUGGAAGAUGCAGAGGAAUUCUCCUUUGGAGAUGAGGAGUCAGAUGAAGAUGAUGAAAAUGUGCAAAAGAAGACCAAGUUUAAGCCAAAGAAGCUCAGCAAGUCUGACCUGACAGAGCUUACCCAAGGGGAUGAAGAUCAACUGGAGGAUUUGGAUUUGUCAGAUGAGGAUUAAUAUUUCUUAUGCCUAAAGCAAAUAUGAACUUUAAAUGUGACUUGUAAAGUGAGGGGUGGGGAGGGGGAGAGCCACCCACUUUUUAAUUUUUUUGGCCGGACACUAGCUGGUCUCAGAAUUGGUUACAUUCAUUGGUUCUGAAUUAAUAUUAUAACAGAGUAAACAAUAACUGGCAUAAAGUGCAUCUAUUUUUAAGAUAGACGUGCAUGUAAACCACACCACUUUAAUCAGGACAGCGUCAAUAUGUAUGCAGAUCUCAUAUUCUGUUAUAUACUUGUAUAUUCUGUUUUUGUAUUCUGCAGUACAGUAAAUACAAUUUCAAAGA